AUGGACGCGGCCUCUGCCUCUGAGGAGGAGCCUUGCCCUGGCCCCUCAUAUAGAAAUGUGUUGGUCGGAACGACUAGGAGCUCCUCUACAAGCCCUAGGCCCACCAUAAACUCCCUGGACCGGCAGGAACUCAGGUCCCUUGCUAAUCAGGAAAUCAAGGACGCCGCCCAAACUAUGAGCGACAUAGUGGAGAUGCUCGCCAAUCGGACGGCCUCAGAGGAGUUUCGACGCUUGUGGGCAAAUAAUGCUCGUCUCGAGAACGAGAACGAGCACCUGAGGACCGAACUCAGGGCCCUCAGGAGGGACUUUUCAGAAAGGAAGAAGCCCGUGAGCCUGUGA